AGGUGCAGAAACACACACACACACACACACAUACGCGCGCGCACACACAGCAGGACUAACAGCCCCAAGACAAAGGAAUAAUCAAAAGUGAAAAUGGCAGCAUACACACUCUUAGUGGUGUUUCUGCUCAGCUUUUUCUUUCACACACCCAUCCUGAGUGAAAAGUUCCCACUGAAGCCUCCUGAGCAUGAUCUGUUUAACGGCUCUUUGUACGCCUCCUGCAGAAUGCAUCCCAACACCCAGUUGGGGUUAGGACUGCCCAAAGUGUAUGGGCAUGUCCUGUUUAAACAAACCAGACCAGAUGAGAGCUUACAGGUGAUGUUAAAACUACACGGCUUGCCUGCAUCUAGUUCUCAGUCUCAAGCAAUACACAUUCAUCAAUAUGGAGAUCUAAGUGAAGGCUGCACCUCCACUGGCGGCCAUUACAACCCAGGUGGAGUUAACCAUCCGCUUCAUCCUGGAGAUUUUGGAAACUUUAUUCCUCGCAAUGGUAAGAUUCGCCGGUCUGUAUCCAUAAAAGCCACUCUCUACGGCAGUUUAUCAGUGCUCGGGCGUGCCGUGGUGAUCCAUGAGAAGAAGGACGACAUGGGACGAGGAGUAGAUGCCGGGAGUCUUCUCCAUGGGAACGCAGGAGGACGACUGGCCUGUUGUGUAAUUGGAAUGAGCAGCUCCAAACUCUGGAAUAAAUCUCAUCCCUAAAAGAAGUCUGUGCAUACGAGUGUGGUGAUAUAUCAGGCUGAUGUUCUGUCAUAAAAAAAUGAAAUGAUGUUAUGUCAUGAUAAUUUAGCAUAAACAUAUCUUAGCUUGCUGUCAUGGUGUCAUCAGGGUGGGACAAUAUAUGGAUAUGUGGAUAUUGUGAAUACAGAAAUAUUAUGUAAACAGAAGAGAUAAAACCUCUUUGUGUCCUUUUUUAUUAUCACUUUU